GCCUCUGCCUGUCAUGGCGUCCGAAGGCCGCUUGGGCCAGAAGCAGCCGUCUCGAUCGCGGCGGCGGCGGCGCUGCUCAUGCUGCCGCCGCCUGUAGCGGAAACGCCUCGCUGACAGAGGGAGGGGAGCUGUCCGCCGAGGGCAAUGGAGGGUUUGGCGGAGCUUCCGCCCCCGCCGCCGCCAGCUUUGCUUCCUCCCGCCCCCCUGGGCGCGCUCGAGCGGGGCGGCGGCGCCCCUGAGGCGAGUCGCGUCUCCCCUCAGGAAGAGGCGGGAAUCGCCUCAGAGCCUGACGAGGCGGCGGCAGCGGCGGCAUCUGAGGAGACGCGGGAAGAGGAGGAGAAACGAGGGGCGGGAAGCUCUUCGACGGUCCUCUCAGAGGCGGCCGCGUCUCUCGCUUCCCGCCUGGAAGAGCCGCCGCCGGUGGCCGAGAGCGACCGAGAUGCGACGACGCCUGAAAGCCCCUCCCGGGCUGAGGCGACCGUGGCUCCGUUCCCAGGCAGCGGCGGCGGCAGCGUGGUCUCGGGGGCCGGCUCGCUGAGCCCGGCGGGCGGCGAGGAGUCCGCGAGCCUGGUCGACUCGCUCGGCUCCUUCUCCAACCUGCCGUCCUGCGACGGGGCCAGCAUCUCCGACCUCAACGGCGGCGAGGACGACGACGACUCCGAGGAGGCGGCGGCGGCUGCGCCCAGGAGUGCCCCCGUCGCCGGCGGUGAAGACGACGAGGAUGGAGUCAGCCCUAGCAAGGGGGCUGCGGCAGGAACUACUGCCGCCGCCGCUUCUUCGUCGUCAUCCUCCGCCUCGCCAUCGCCGCUCCUGCUCCUCCCGCCGGGCGCCAAGGAGCGCUUCCCGGGUCAGUCGGUGUACCACAUCAAGUGGGUGCGCUGGAAGGAGGAGAACACGCCCAUUAUCACCCAGAACGAGAACGGGCCCUGCCCGCUCCUGGCCAUCAUGAACGUACUGCUCCUGGCCUGGAAGGUGAAACUACCACCAAUGAUGGAAAUCAUAACUGCUGAGCAGUUGAUGGAAUACUUAGGGGACUAUAUCCUUGAUGCAAAACCAAAAGAAAUAUCUGAAAUUCAGCGCUUAAACUAUGAGCAGGUAAUAAAUAACAAGCUCUUCUUAAGAAAUAUGAGUGAUGCAAUGGCAAUCUUGCAUAAGCUUCAGACAGGUCUUGAUGUGAAUGUGAGGUUCACUGGUGUACGAGUGUUUGAGUACACACCUGAAUGCAUAGUGUUUGACCUUCUUGAUAUUCCGUUAUACCAUGGAUGGCUAGUAGAUCCCCAGACUGCUGAAAUUGUGAAAGCAGUUGGUAACUGCAGCUACAAUCAGCUGGUGGAGAAAAUAAUUUGUUGUAAGCAGUCAGACAACACUAAGCUAGUUGAUGAAGGUUCCAUAGCAGAACAGUUCCUAAACAACACAGCCACUCAGUUGACCUACCAUGGGUUAUGUGAGUUGACUUCCACUGUUCAAGAAGGAGAACUAUGUGUGUUCUUUAGAAACAACCACUUUAGCACCAUGACCAAACAUAAGGGCCAGCUUUAUCUCCUGGUGACAGAUCAGGGUUUCCUUACAGAAGACAAAGUUGUUUGGGAAAGCUUACACAAUGUAGAUGGGGAUGGAAACUUCUGUGAUUCUGAAUUCCAUCUACGACCUCCAUCUGAUCCAGAAACAGUAUACAGAGGACAGCAAGAUCAGAUAGACCAGGAUUAUCUGAUGGCAUUGUCCUUGCAACAAGAGCAGCAAAGCCAAGACAUUAAUUGGGAACAGAUACCAGAAGGAAUCAGUGACCUUGAACUUGCCAAGAAACUUCAGGAAGAGGAGGACAGACGGGCUUCUCAGUACUAUCAGGAGCAGGAGCAAGCUGCCGCUGCCACUGCUGCUGCCACUGCUGCUCAGGUUCAGCAAGUGCAAGGAGCUGCAUCUCCAUCAACUGGAAGACAAUCUGGGAGUAGUGAGCGGAAAAGAAAAGAACCUCGGGAGAAAGAGCGAGAGAAAGAGAAGAACAGUUGUGCCAUUCUAUAACAGGAGGGGGACUCUACCUGGACCCAAGCACAUAUCCUUGAAACACAAACAAGGAAUUCUAAGGACUCCAAGCUCCACAUGCCGCCUGUGCCUGAUAGCCCCACAGAGGAUGGUGCCCCCAAGACCAUUGAAGUCAUGCAUGCUCUCUUUCAGAGGGAUUUGAAUGAGGCUGCCUCUGCUUUCAAUGCAUUGUGAGAAAAUAACCACCUUUGUGGAGGGGGAGUCCACACUGCCACAGGUUUUGUCCUGUUGGAACAUAACUAACUCAAAAUAUUUGUUAGUAAAUCUGCUUGUCUCUGUGAUGAAAGGAGUUAAGUGGUUCUCAUAUUGGGCUUCUGCCAGAGGUCUGUACAUCAAUUGCCACAAGAGGACUAUUUAUGGUGUGAAAGCAAUCUUUCAGGCUUCUGGGCAUCUUGCAGCCUGUAGCUCACCUGUUUUAUUGGCUUAUGGGCAGGUGUCCCCUGAGCUGUCUUCUACCUAGGUGAGACUUGGGUCUGAAUAGUAUUGGUUAAGAUUACUCAGAAAUGGCAAGAGAAAUGGAGGCUUGUCCCAUAUUUGAGUCAAGCUCACCAUUGUACUUGGCCCUUUUCAAUACAGAUGAGUGAGACCAGAGCUGUUCUAUUAUUUAUUGAUCUCCUCUAUGCAGGAGUAGGUGACUGGAAGGAAAACCUGAUGUGCUGUGAUCUGUGGAAUUAAAAUUGCUUGAUACUUGCCUCACCCCCCUCACCCAAAGUACCUGGGAUGAGUAAUAUGAGGAUGCGUGUGAUUAUAUGCCUUAUCAAGUGUACUGUAGGUAGAUAAUCUGUAUCAUGUCCAUGCAGCUCUAAAGCACACUUCCACAGAGUAUGAAAAUUGUUCCACUGCGCCCUGGGGCUGUGGUCCUAACUGCAUAUGAGAACAAAUCUCCUGGAUUUUGGUGGGACUUACAAGGCAGUUAUGGAGGGAAGGAGCUUUGAAUAUUUGGAAAAGAUACUUGGCUGUAAACACUUAAAGUAGAACUUUGGGGAAUCACAUUUUAUAGAGGACAGCAUACAAAUGAACAUGCUACUUCUCAUAGUACUGAUAAGUUGCUGAUAGGGGUAUUGAAUGUUACUGUCAGAGGGAGGAAAUUCCAGGCCAUCCUCACCAGGAAGGCAUUGGCCUUCAUCCUUUUGAUAACUUUAUAUUUCAUUCCAUAGAGGCUACUUGCUACAA